AUGGGAUUGGACGAUGCCAAUGGCUCACAUGGGGGGAAGAGGAGACCCGGUUCUGAUGACCGUGAUCCGCUGCCAGACCCGACCCAGACACAGAUCCAGGAGCUUCAUGGAUGUUUAACACAGUCUUCGUCUUCUGAGUUUUCUGUUUCUGUGUCCACAGGUCCGGCUCACAGGAGGAAGGAGUGGCAGAGCAGCAGCCAGAAGAGCCCAGAUGAUGGACGUCCGUCCACUUCAUCUAAACACUCUUGCAGAGACUCGUCAUCAUCUUUGUCCCUCUCUGAGGACAAUGUGGAGAGGAGGUUAUGCAGAGAGUUGUUGAGGCUGAGCAGCAGAGGCUCGUACAGCGUGGAAUGGAGGUGGAGUGGUGACAGUUCGGAGAGCCGAAGCGAACAGGACAGUGGCAGCAGCUGCGGUUUGUCCAGGUCCGACAGCUUGGAAGGGUGGCGGUGCCAUCCGCUGCCGGGUCAAGUUCCUGUAGAGCCAACAGAGACUUCACGUGGCCGAACUGCUCAGGGUGCCAUGGAGGCUUCUCCUGUGAACAAGAGCUCAACAGAAAAACCUACAAGGAAGAGGAAAAGAAUUGGUCGUUUCCUCGACUGGCUAUGGGAAGCUAUGAAGGGUUCUUUCUGCUGCUGUUGCCACAGUUGUGCUGUGGAUGUUGUGGAGCCUUUUGUCCCUCCAGCAGAUCUGGAGCCAGAGCCUGAUCCAUCAUCAUCACCUGAUCCUGAUCCAUCAUCACCUGAUCCUGAUCCUGAUCCAUCAUCAUCAUCAUCAUCACCUGCACCAGAUCUCUCCGGCGUCGAGCCAAAUAAUGAGUCAUUCGAGUCUCUCUAUAAAGCGGGAGAGAUGAUUGGAUCCGGAGCGUUUGGCAGUGUGUACAGGGGAACACGCAAAUUUGAUGGCAAAAUGGUUGCCAUCAAGCGGAUGCGCAAGCUUGACAAUUUUCUUUAUCUUGAUAUUCCUGGACAUCCCGAACCUCUCAUUACAGAAGUGGCGCUGCUGCUAAUGAUGAGGCGAGAACCCAUAAGCCCCUACGUCAUACAACUAUACGAGUGGUUUGAACACCCUCGCAAAUUCUCUCUCAUUAUGGAGUUCCCCGAACCCUGCGAGAGCUUGCUGGACUUCAUCACUCGCCGUAAUCCUGAAGUGUGUGAAACAGUAGCACGGGUGUUCACGCAACAGGCUGUGCUGGCAGUUCAACACUGCAUCGAGCAUGGCGUUUUUCACAAUGACAUUCAUGCGCAGAAUUUCCUGCUGAAGAGAAACUCGUUAGACCUCAAGCUGAUAGACUUUGGCUGCGGUCAGCUAUUCAGUAGUGAGGGCUACGAGAGUGACAUACAGCUGGGAUGGGCUACAAGAGAAUCGGAAAGCAACUUUGGAGAGAAAAGAUCAACUGUCGGUGCAGUUAUCAGGAAAUGGAAGAAGCACCACACCACCGCCAACCUCCCUCGGUCUGGGCCUCCAGACAAGAUCUCGCCUCGUGGGGUGUCCCUUAUCAUGCGAAUGGUGAGGAAUCAUCCCAAAACCACAAGGGGGGAACUGAUGAAUCAACUGAAGGCAGCUGGGACCACAGUUACAAAAGAAACGGUUGGUAACACACUACGCCGUCAUGGAUUGAAAUCCUGCAGCGCACGCAAGGUCCCCCUGCUCAAGAAGAAACAUGUACAGGCCCGCAUGAAGUUCGCCAUUCACCACCUGGACGACUCAGAAGAGGCCUGGAAGAAGGUGAUGUGGUCAGAUGAGACCAAAAUAGAACUUUUUGGCCUCAACUCAACUCGUCGUGUUUGGAGGGCAAAGAACACCGAGUACAACCCAAAGAACACCAUCCCCACCGUCAAGCAUGUGAGAGAGCUGAAGAUGGGUCGAGGAUGGGUGUUUCAGCACGACAACGACCCUAAGCACACCGCCAAAGCAACAAAAGAGUGGCUGAAGAAGAAGCACAUCAACGUUCUGGAGUGGCCUAGCCAGUCUCCAGACCUGAAUCCAAUUGAAAAUCUUUGGAGGGAGCUUAACAUUCGAGUUGCCAGGCGACAACCUCGGAACCUGAAAGAUUUGGAGGCUGUCUGCAGGGAGGAGUGGGCCAACAUCCCUGCCGAAAUGUGCACAAACCUUGUCACCAACUAUAAAAAGCGUUUGACAUCUUGGGCAAACCUGCAAAAUCAGCAAGGGGUCAAAUACUUAUUUCCCCCACUGUAUACCUUGGUGAGCAUUUUGGGAGUGUGGAAACCUGAAUGUAGUGACGCUUUAAGAAAAAAAGCUCAACAAUGUGCAAAUGUCUUGCUUACAGGAAGACAGGAUCACUGCCCACCUGAAGUCUUCACAGAACCCAGAUUCCACGCCGUCCCAGCAAAUGUCUGGGCUCUAGGAGUGAUGUUGUAUGAGAUGGUGAACGCAUCUCGUCCUUUUCGCAGUAGAACGGAAAUCAUAGAAGCCAAAGUUACAUUUCAGAAUUCCAACUUAUCCAGAGGAAAGAACACACUUGCUGUCCUCGGUGGAGGGCUUGAGCUGGAGACUCGACCCGAAGCCUGAAGUCCAACCCCAACCUGACAGGAACUCAAGCCGCCACACCAGAGAGAUCAGAGCCUGUCCACGUCUGAGCAAGAACAUGAGAGACUGAAGACUGGA